AUGACAUUGCUGCCGACUCGACAAUUAGGCAAGAACGGACCCUACGUAUCAGCCAUCGGUUUUGGAGCAAUGGGUCUCUCGGUAGCCUAUGGAAGCAUUGCUCCCGAUGAAGAACGAUUCAAAGUUCUCGAUCGAGCGAUUGAACUUGGCAGUACCUACAUUGACAGUGCAGAUGCCUAUGGUGAUAGCGAAGAACUGCUCGGAAAAUAUUUCAAGAAAUAUCCCCAUCAACGUGAAAAGGUAUUUUUGGCCACCAAAUUUGCCAGUUUUUUGCAUCCUGAUGGUACGCGUUCCAUCCGAGGUGAUGCCCAAUAUGUUCGAGACGCGAAUGCAAAAAGUCUGCAACGUCUCGGCCUAGAAUCCGUCGAUCUAUAUUAUGUACAUCGGAUUGAUAAGAAUGUUCCGAUUGAAGAGACUAUGGGGGCAUUGAAAGAACUUGUCCAAGCGGGCAAAGUCAAAUACAUUGGUUUGUCUGAAUGUUCGAGUGAUACACUUCGACGUGCUCAUGCUGUUCAUCCGAUUUCGGCUGUACAAAUUGAAUAUUCACCAUUUAGUUUGGAAAUCGAGCAUGAAGAAAUUGGUCUUUUGAAAACCUGUCGAGAACUCGGUGUAGCGAUAGUUUGUUAUUCGCCGUUGGGUCGUGGUAUCCUUACUGGACAAAUCAAGAGUCCUAACGAUCUUGAACAGAACGAUUUUCGAAGACGCAUGCCGCGCUUCUCCAAGGAAAACUUUGACAAAAAUCUUCAGUUAGUCGACACAUUGACAUCACUAGCCAAGAAGAAAGGUUGCACAACAGGUCAAUUGACACUCGCCUGGAUUCUUGCCCAAGGUGAUGAUUUCAUUCCAAUUCCAGGCACAACCAAAAUCAAGAAUUUGGAGGAGAAUGUUGCCGCUGCAUAUAUUCAAUUGAGCAAGGAUGAAAUCGAUGAAAUUCGACAAGCCUGUGAGAAAGCUGAUGUAGCCGGUGAACGAUAUCCGAAAGAAAUGUCUGCCAGUCUCUUUGGUGAUUCGGCACCGAAAAAGAACUAG